GGAAGUAUUGGAUUCUGGGGGUUGCAGUUUCGCCCUGAUCAGAAACGCACUCAUGAGAUUGAGAAAAGACUACGACUCCCAGAAUUCCACGCGCCGCAGGCUAGCAACAACCGGGCUCGUUGCAGUAAUCCUUCCUCCUCAGCAAGGCAGUAUCUGUUCAUAACAAAACAGAGGGGUGGGUGUGCUAUGUGGUUUUGCCCUGCCUUUGGGACGAACCAAUUUCUCAGUAACAAUUCACAGUCCUUCCACUUUCAUUCCUGCGGGCUGGGUCACACAGGGAGUAAAGCACUGGGAACUAUGCUUGUCUUCCGUAUCCGGUUAAGAUUUUAAGUGAUAGUGAGGCGCCAUGUUCGUUUGUUAAGGUCCUGCCCACUUGGAUUUUAGAGUUGCAGCACAGAAGGAUACUUCAAUCAGAAGACAGGAAUCAGGGCCCUACAAUUGAAGCAGUCACCUGUUCCUUUGCAGGUCAGGAACAUGCCGCAUUGUGUGGUGAGCAAUUGUGUGCAUUUCAAUUACAAGAAAUCAAAUCUCCAUGGGGUGGCUCUGCACCCCUUUCCCAAUGAUUUGUCCAGGAUAAAGCUAUGGCUUCAGCAGAUCGGUCUCACGACUGACGAAAUCGACUAUUUAGCGCAAAAGGUCGUGGAGGGAAAGCGAAAGAAAACGGAUUCCCAUCGCAUGUGUUCAGCCCAUUUCACCCCCAACUGUUACAUCGUGCAGGACGCUAAACUGGUUCUUCGCUCAGAUGCCAUCCCAACCAUGUUCCCAGGGUUGAGCUCGUCAACGACCAAUCAGCAGAAUUUUCUUUCGCCUCCCAAUUCAUCAGGAUGUGAGGGUGAAGUGUGGCCGAAAUGCAUAGUCAACGGUUGCCGCCAGCCAAUUGGCGGUGUUUUGUUUCAUACAUUUCCCAACAAUCUGCAAAGGAUAAAGCAGUGGUUGUGUCAGACUGGCCAAGAUUUUGGCAACAUUGACGCCUUUGCUCAAAAAGUGCUGGAAAGGAGGAGGAGUUAUGAUUAUUGCAUGUGCUCUGCCCAUUUCCCCCCGGACUGUUAUAUCUUUCAAGAAGGCAGAGCCAUUCUUCGGACAAAUGCCAUGCCAACAAUUUUCCCAAGCAGACCACAGGCACAACAACAGCUUGUUUGGAAUGUUUGGCCCCCUUUGAUGGUAGCCCAGGUGCCAGUUUCAGCAGGACAGAAUUCUGCACCUACUGCAACUUCAGAACAGACUCCCCCAAGCGUUCCUAAACCUGAAAAAAAAUCAUGUGAAACAGCUGACAAGGGGGUGCAGUGGCCUGAAUUUGAGUCCAAUUUUGAUGGUGAACCCUGGAAAGUCGAACACGAUCACCACUACCACUGUCGUCCCCUUAACCCCGAUGAGCCCUUGGGACAUUUGAACCUCAAUGAAUUCUUUCCUCGUGACAUUUACCCCCCCUGGUUCUGGACAAAAUUGUCUUCCAAAAGUGAUAACUUAUAUCAGAAGAAUUUCCUCCAGAACUUGGAAGCUGACCAAGCGUGGUCUUCAGUGGAGAAAGUAUUGGUUCUACUGUUGCAGCAUCUGAAUAACUCUCCCGUGUAUCAAAGGAUCCUAGACAACAAACCAAUGACGGAGAGGAUCGUGAAUGAAGCGCUGGAGGUUAUCUACCUGCUGACUGGGCAGGAAUGGACAGUGGUGAAGAAAGAUUCCAUCCAGAGGGGUAUUAACCAGAUGAAUGGAGAGAUUCCUAUUAAACGCGGGGAUGUAGCUGUUUAUUUCUCAAUGGAUGAGUGGGAAUAUUUAGAUGAACACAGGGACCGCUACCUUAAUUUACUGAUGGAUGAGCAUCUUCCCUUCACUCAGUUUAAAAUCCCCGAAGAUUGGGGAGAAGAGGAAACCACAAACCAGGAUAUGUUGGAUGAUCCCUAUGUUGACCCCCCUUUGUCUGAGGAUCAAGAAGAUGAUGAUGAUGACAGCAGCAUGUCUGAUUGGCACCCAGAUCAAAAUUAUCGACCCAAAACAGACGCAUCUUCAUCCUCCGAUGAAGAAAGCAGUGCUCCAAAGUCCAAAAGACGUUCCAUCAAAAAGAGCCGGAGUGAAAGUGACUCCGACAAUGAAACAUCCUCCGAGCAUUCAAAAAGCAGUAACCCUCUUCCAGCAGACACCCAAGAACCGCCUGACACUGAGCCUCGCAAGUGCAACGGCUGUGACAUUACCUUUCCUAAUAAAAGUCAGCUUGACCUGCAUCUGACAUUGUCUCCCGAAUGUUUAAUGUUUGUCGGACCUGAAGAUGAGGACGAGAAACCUGAAGUCCUUCCAGAGAAAAAGAACACCCACGAUUGUGAGGAGUGCGGCAAAUCAUUCACUCGCAAAGCUGAACUCCGAAAACACAAAAAAAAGCACAUCAAGCGAAAAUCCAUCAAAUGCGAGGAUUGCGGGAGACGCUUCUUUUAUCGCUCUCAGUUUCUUAUCCAUCGAAGGGUGCACACCGGGGAGAGGCCUUACCAGUGUAAAGAAUGUGGCGCCCAAUUCGGUCACAAAUGCAGCCUUGUCAUACAUCAGAAAAAACACACCGGAGAAGCGCGUUUUACAUGCGGCAAAUGCGGCAGGCAGUUUGAGGCAAAGGCCAAGUUAAAUAAACAUGUAAAAAUUCAUGAGCGAGAGACUGUGUCUUGCCCGCAGUGCAGCAAGUGUUUCACCUACAAAGCAGCGCUCUUUAAACACCUGAAAGUCCAUAAAAACAGUUAAUGGCAACAUACGGGACAGGCCACGACAGUUGUCAAUGACUGCAUGUAAUGCGGAGAGGCAUGGAUAGAACGGGAGCCGUAUUAACAACUGACUUUGUUUUUACUUUUCUAGAGAUUUGUACGUUGGGUGUGAACUUUCGUCUUUGUUGCCACUGUAGAUGUUAAAGCUUUCUUGUUGGCACAUUGCUAAGUUAUAAGGUGGCAGGAGUCGUUUCUGAAUCUAUUUUCUGUUAAAAAAAACAAUUUGAGUAUCAAAAAUGUUGUAUAAAUCAGAAUGAGUUCUGUUCCAAUACAGCAGUGUGCUUGUAUAUGUCUGGGCCAGCCAUUAGUGUGUUAAUAGGCCUUGGGGGCCAGUUUCCAGCAGCUCUUAGCCAUUCAUAGUCUUAGACAUCGGUCGGUGUGGAUGUGGCACCUAUAGAUCUGGAAGUGAGGGGGCUACAACUCUGUUCAUGCCUAUAGCAAAAUGUGUAUAUUUAUCCAACUGGUAAAAAGUAACAUUGGUUGUCAUUGUAGUUGUCUACCAUUCUACGACUUGGUAUAAGACAUAUUGAUGACAUUAAACUUGCUGCCUGCCUUGCUA